AUUGCACCACAUACAUCUCCUUCUCUGUUUCUAAACAAAAACAACUCUCUCCCAUCUCUCUAAGGAGAUUUCCAUUAUCGAAAACCAGAGCAGACAGUGAAGGUGGAGACCCCAACAACCGCAAUGAAGCCGAGCUCGUCAGAGGCUAUGUCUUCCUCCUCUUCCUCCUCCUCCUCCUCCGUUUUCCCUGACCAUUCACAGGCAGCCACCUUAUCGGACCUUACCUGUAAACCUCUAACAUCGAUAUCGGCUGCGGAGGACUUGGCAGCUGUGGGAUCCAGGGAUGGCAGUGGUGGGGCCCAAGAAACCGUGACCGUCGAACGCCGAGCGGAUUACUCCGUGGUUUGCAGAUGGACAGUCCACAAUUUCCCCAGAAUCAAAGCUAGGGCACUGUGGAGCAAGUAUUUCGAGGUGGGAGGAUACGAUUGCCGGUUGUUGGUGUAUCCUAAAGGCGAUCCCCAGGCUCUGCCGGGCUACAUCUCUAUCUAUCUCCAAAUCAUGGACCCUCGCGGCACUUCUUCGUCCAAAUGGGACUGUUUUGCAAGCUACCGUUUGGCCAUCGUUAACCUCGCCGACGAUUCCAAGUCCAUUCAUCGGGAUUCCUGGCACCGGUUUUCCACUAAAAAGAAAUCCCAUGGCUGGUGCGAUUUCACCCCUUCCUCUUCUGUUUUGGAUUCCAAAUUAGGUUAUAUGUUUAAUAACGACGCCUUAUUGUUCACCGCUGAUAUCUUAAUCUUGAAUGAAUCCGUUAAUUUCAUGCGUGAUAAUAACGAUGUGCAAUCAUCUUCAUCGUCCAUGGCUUCGUCUUCCAUAGUUCCAGGCCCUGUGUCUGAUGUUUUGAGUGGGAAGUUUACUUGGAAAGUGCAUAACUUUAGCUUGUUUAAGGAAAUGAUCAAGACACAAAAGAUAAUGAGUCCAGUUUUCCCAGCGGGAGAGUGUAAUUUAAGGAUUAGUGUGUACCAGAGCUCUGUUAAUGGCCAGGAAUAUUUGUCCAUGUGUUUGGAGAGCAAGGAGAGCAAGGACACUGAGAAGACUGUUGUGUCUGAUAGGAGUUGUUGGUGCUUAUUUAGAAUGUCUGUGUUGAAUCAGAAGCCUGGGUUGAAUCAUAUGCAUAGGGACUCGUAUGGGAGGUUUGCGGCGGAUAAUAAAAGCGGUGAUAACACGAGUUUGGGAUGGAAUGAUUACAUGAAAAUGUCAGAUUUUGUUGGGCCAGACUCAGGGUUUUUGAUGGAUGAUACUGCAGUAUUUAGCACAUCAUUUCAUGUGAUCAAAGAGUUUAGCAGCUUCUCAAAGAAUGGGGGUACGAUUGGGGGGAGGAAUGGGAGUGGCGCAAGGAAGUCUGAUGGACAUAUGGGCAAAUUCACUUGGAGGAUUGAGAAUUUUACAAAAUUGAAGGAUCUUCUGAAGAAGAGAAAGAUUACUGGUCUUUGCAUCAAGAGCAGAAGGUUUCAGAUUGGGAACUGGGAUUGUCGUCUUAUUGUUUAUCCUCGAGGUAAAACUAAUACUGGGCAGUCUCAGCCACCAUGCCACCUUUCUGUCUUUCUUGAGGUCACUGAUUCACGGAAUAUAUCCAGUGAUUGGAGCUGUUUUGUGAGUCAUCGGUUGUCUGUUGUGAACCAAAGGAUGGAGGACAAGUCAGUUACAAAAGAAUCUCAGAAUCGCUAUUCUAAAGCUGCAAAAGAUUGGGGUUGGCGUGAAUUUGUGACGCUUACUAGUCUCUUUGACCAGGAUUCAGGUUUUCUUGUCCAGGACACAGUUGUAUUCUCUGCAGAGGUACUCAUAUUAAAAGAGACAUCAAUGAUGCAGGAUUUCACUGAUCAGGAUGUGGAGACAGCAAGUUCUGGUGCUCAGGUGGAGAAAGUUGGGAAGAAAAGUGCAUUCAUGUGGAAGGUCGAGAACUUCCUGUCCUUUAAGGAAAUAAUGGAAACAAGAAAAAUUUUCAGCAAAUUCUUUCAAGCUGGCGGAUGUGAACUUCGCAUUGGUGUCUAUGAGUCCUUUGACACCAUAUGUAUAUAUCUAGAGAGUGAUCAGUCUGUUGGCAGUGAUCCAGAAAACAACUUCUGGGUUAGAUACAGGAUGGCUGUGGUGAAUCAAAAGAACCCAGCCAACACUGUAUGGAAGGAGUCUUCUAUUUGUACAAAAACGUGGAAUAACUCUGUUUUGCAAUUCAUGAAAGUAUCAGAUAUGUUAGAAGCAGAUGCAGGUUUUCUUGUGCGUGACACUGUUGUUUUUGUUUGUGAAAUAUUGGAUUGCUGCCCUUGGUUUGAGUUUUCAGAUCUUGAGGUUUUGGCUUCUGAGGACGAUCAGGAUGCUCUUACAACUGAUCCUGAUGAACUCAUUGAUUCUGAAGGCUGUGAAGGGAUAAGCCGAGAUGAAGAAGAUAUCUUUAGAAAUCUUCUUUCUCGAGCUGGGUUUCAUCUCACAUACGGUGAUAAUUCUUCACAGCCACAGGUCACAUUAAGAGAAAAACUGCUGAUGGAUGCCAGUGCAAUUGCUGGUUUUCUGACUGGACUUCGUGUUUACCUUGAUGACCCUGUUAAAGUAAAGCGGUUGCUGCUUCCAACCAAGCUCUCUGGUGGUUUUGAUGGAAAGGUCCCAAAGACUGACGAAUCUUCCCCCAGUUUGAUAAAUUUGUUAAUGGGAGUCAAAGUUUUGCGGCAGGCAAUUAUUGAUCUACUUUUGGAUAUAAUGGUUGAAUGUUGUCAGCCUUCAGAAGGAGGUUCACAGGGUGAUUCUCCUUGUGCAAACUCUAAACCUUCUCCUGAAUCCAGUGGAGCUGCCAGUGCAUUGGAAUCUGACAGGGAAAGCAGUGCCACUGAAUCUGCACAAUUUUCUGGACGUGAGAGGUUGGAUUCUGGUAUUUAUGAUGGUAGCAGCUCCUCUGCUGUGCAAAGCUCUGAUAUGAAUGGGAUUGAUAUCACAGAAAAAACAAUUCCUGGACAGCCUAUGUUUCCACCAGAAACCUCUGCCAGGGGGUCCUCAGAAAAUGGCUCCCUUCGCUCAAAGACCAAAUGGCCAGAGCAAUCUGAAGAGCUUUUAGGAUUGAUUGUAAACUCACUAAGAGCACUAGAUGGAGCUGUUCCACAAGGCUGUCAUGAGCCACGAAGAAGGCCUCAAUCUGCACAGAAGAUUGCUCUUGUACUGGAUAAAGCUCCAAGGCAUCUGCAAACCGACUUAGUUGCUUUGGUUCCCAAAUUAGUGGACCCUUCAGAGCAUCCACUGGCUGCUUAUGCACUUCUUGAACGACUAAAAAAGCCAGAUGCAGAACCUGCAUUACGGAUACCAGUUUUUGGUGCUCUUAGUCAACUGGAAUGUGAUAGUGAAGUAUGGGAGCAUGUGUUGUUUCAAUCUUUUGAGCUCUUAACGGAUUCAAAUGAUGAACCUCUGGCAGCAACAGUGGAUUUUCUGUUUAAAGCCGCAUCCCAAUGCCAACAUCUUCGAGAAGCAGUCAGAUCUGUCCGUGCUAGGCUAAAAGAUUUGGGUUUGGGGGUGUCUCCUUGUGUCCUUGACUUUUUAAGUAACACUGUAAAUAGCUGUGGAGAUGUUGCUGAAACCAUACUUAAAGAUAUUAAUUGGGAUGAUGAUUUUGGCAAGAAUUGCUCUCCAAUGCCUUGUGGCUUCUUCAUCUUUGGUGAAAAUGGGGGCAACCCUGACAAGUUGCAUAUGGUAGAUGAGCAGGCGUUCUAUGCGGAUUGUCAUUUUUCUGACAUAUUUGUCUUGAUUGAGAUGUUAUCCAUACCUUGCCUUGCUGUUGAAGCCUCGCAAACAUUUGAGAGAGCUGUGGCUCGGGGAGCCAUUGUGGUUCAGUCUGUAGCGAUGGUCUUGGAAAGGCGCCUUGCUCAAAGACUGAAUCUUAAUGCCAGAUACGUUGCUGAAAGUUUCCAGCAUGGGGAUUCUUUGGCAGAGGGUGAAGCCAAUGAACAGCUGAGAGCUCAGAGGGAUGAUUUUACUGCAGUUCUUGGUCUCGCUGAGACAUUGACCCUCUCUAGAGACCUUCGUGUCAGGGGCUUUGUGAAGAUGCUGUAUACAAUAUUGUUUAAAUGGUGUGCUGAUGAGUCUUACCGAGGUAGAAUGCUGAAGAGACUUGUUGAUCGUGCCACCAGUGCCACGGAGAAUAGUCGUGAAUUGGAUAUAGACUUGGAUAUUUUGGUAAUUUUGGUAUCUGAGGAGCAAGAAAUUGUUAGACCAGUUCUAAGCAUAAUGCGGGAAGUUGCUGAGCUUGCAAAUGUUGAUCGGGCAGCUCUGUGGCACCAACUAUGUGCUAGUGAAGAUGAGAUUAUUCAAAUGCGUGAAGAGAGAGAGGCUGAAAUUUCAAAUCUGGGUAGAGAAAAAUCUGAUUUAUCCCAAAAAUUGAGUGAUUUGGAGGCUGCAAAUAGUCGUCUAAAGUCUGAAAUGAGGGCUGAGGUAGAUCGCUUUGCUCGGGAAAAGAAGGAACUUUCUGACCAAAUACAAGAAGUUGAGAGUCAAAUUGAGUGGCUUCGCCAAGAGAAGGAUGAUGAAAUUGCAAAAAUUGCAGUUGACAGGAAAGCUCUUCAGGACCAUCUUCAUGAUGCAGAGACACAACUCUCCCAGUUGAAGUCCCGAAAACGUGAUGAGUUGAAGAGGGUAGUAAAGGAGAAAAAUGCUCUUGCUGAAAGAUUGAAGAGUGCUGAAGCUGCACGGAAAAGAUUUGAUGAAGAAUUGAAACGGUUUGCCACAGAGAAUGUGACUCGAGAAGAAAUUCGGAAAUCUCUAGAGGAUGAAGUUCGAAGAUUGACACAAACAGUUGGGCAAACUGAAGGUGAGAAGCGGGAGAAAGAAGCACAAGUUGCAAGAUGUGAAGCAUAUAUUGAUAGCAUGGAGUCAAAGUUGCAGGCCUGCAAGCAAUAUAUUCAUACCCUUGAGGCUUCACUUCAAGAAGAAAUGUCUCGACAUGCACCUCUUUAUGGUGCUGGCUUGGAAUCCUUGUCAAUGAAGGAGUUGGAGACCUUGUCACGUAUUCAUGAGGAAGGGCUCAGGCAGAUUCAUGCACUCCAACAACAGAAAGGUAGUCCUGCUGGCAGUCCUCUUGUGAGUCCACAGACCAUACCACACAAUCAUGGGUUAUAUCCUACAGCACCAGCUCCAAUGGCCAUUGGUUUGCCCCCUGGUGUAGGGAUCCACAGCAAUGGGCAUGUGAAUGGUGCUGUUGGGCCCUGGUUCAACCACACUUGAUUUCCAAGGUCAUGUUCCUUUGUCUCACGCUUGUUUGUUCACCUGAUAGGAGCUGGUGACUUUCUGAAAUCACACAACCAAUGUUAUCUAUAUAUAUAUUUUUAUCUUUGAUCGGUAUUUUUGACUGGUGGAACUGUUGGAGCACAUUUGUUAGGGUAAAGAGGAAAAAGGAGAAUAAUGGAGGUCUUAGGGUGAAGGACGGGCGGAGAAUUAGUGUUGUGGUGAUUUGGAUGUGCCGCAAGCGAGUCUAAUAGAACUAACAGUUGGAAACGCCGUUACCUCUUUUUGCUUCCAUUUUUUACGAAGUCAAUAUAGGCCUUUGAAAAGU